UUUUCGUGGCCGGUAGUGUCCGUGUGUACCGCAGCGUAACGUAACGCAACGCUCGCCACAUGUGAGCAACCAAUGGUAUGUGCGGUGCUGGGGCGAUCCUCUGGCUGCUGGCCGCGGCGGACCUGGUGCUCUCCAGCGAGUUCCCCGAACGCGAGUGCUGUGACCUGCCCUUGCCCCAGCCGACGGCAGCCACCUCCUCGACGCCGGCCUCCACCCAGCGUCCAGGUCCCAAUAUCAAAAAUGGAGGCGCUACUUUAAACUGUCUAGUUGCGCGCCAACUCUGCUUCGAUGACGCCUCCUGUUCAGCCAUUCUCGAAAUUAUUCCAAGAGUUUGUGGCCCGGAAUUAGUCGCGUGUUCAACAGUGACUGUAACGAAAUGCCAGGCAGCCCUUCGUACUCUUCAAGCUUUUCCUUUCUUCAAACCAACAUGUCUGUGUCGGGAACCUCACGCCGAUCCCGAAUGCAACUCCUUCAGGGACUUUCUCUUCGAUCAUCCCUGUAUAUUCGUCACAAAAAAAGAGAAAGACCCUUACCCUGUGGACGCUUUGCCGACGUGCAAUUACGCCUUAUCCGUAUGCCAACAAGAAGGCAAAUGUCUGAAACUAUACGAGGAUUUCAAAUCCAACUGCAAGGUGCGAGAUAACAAAUGUCGCAUGGACGACAGAGAUCUGUGUCACAAGUCGUGGACAAAUUUGCGUCGCUCGCCAAUGUUCGGGUGUAUAUGUCCGAAUAACCAUAACAAGAAGCGAUGCGAUAGAAUUUUCAGCAUGGUAAACCACAAUCCCUGCGUGGACAUUCUUCCGCCUAUUCCAGAUCCUAAACCUGCACAACCUCCACUCGAUCCUGAUCAGGAAUUUAUUAGAAAUUUCUGGUCGCCCCCUACGAACCUUUAUCCGUACUUUUUGUUUCCCCCUUCAACUGUGCACGGCACAGCCCAUGGCACUUUCCGCACGCACAGCAACACCGGCACAAUCACUGGCAUGGGCACAGCCACAGCCACAGCCACUGCCACUGCCUCCACUACCGGCACCAACAGCACGGCCUUUGGCUCUCACUCGUCCGUAGAAGAGACGCUCGUCACCUCCUUACAGUUUCCAGAGCUCGUCGUUCCGGCUUCGGACAAUACGUCUGCCUCAUUUGACUACGGGCUAGGCAAUGCCAUUGUCGAAAACCCGCUAGUAGACGCGGCCAACGGACUGGACGCGCACGCUGACCACAAUCACAUCAGUGUGAGUGUCUUAAAGAACAAUGGAAAACCAUCGGUGAGCUCUAACAUCAAUCCCUACCCAGAGGACCUCGACGGGGCGGCGGUAGGGGGCGGAGUGUCCGCACAACACCAAAAAUACCCAAGUUCUACUGACCAUAGCCGUUCAGACUCGAACGAGGUAGCAAAGAUAAUAUUUCAAAGCACCUGCCACUUAGCAAUGGAAAGCUGCAAUAACAACUACCACUGCAAAGUGUCGCUCAACCCCAUCUUACACCACUGCGACAUGUCUAGAUGCAACAGAAACUCCUGUAUGGAAGCUCUUCAGAGUUUUUACAGAAAACCAAGUCUCCCUUGGAACGUCGAAAUCGCCUUUUGUCUUUGCAAAAAAACAGACAAUAAGCAGGAUCAGUGUUUGAUAGCACAAGAAAAACUUCACCCUGUUUGCGCCCAGAGAAUUGAAGGUUUACCCCAACCGACCUGCUUGUCAUUGGCCAAAAACUGUCGAGAAAAUAAGGAGUGCAGAUCUCGACUGGAGUAUUACGAGCAAUCUUGCGCUGUAGACAGUGUUACGAAAAAAUGUGCGGGCUCCCCUGCCGAGUGCCGAAGUGCCAUGUUGGGCAUUUUGGGCACGAACUUGAGAGCAACGUGUGCUUGUAAAGGCACCGACAUGACCGAGCUUUACGAAUGUUUAGGGUGGCAGCGACUGCUUUGGGUAAACCCAUGUGUGGUGGAAUCUCAAAAGGACUUUCAUAUGAAAAAGGCGGCAGAAUUGGCGGCACUUACGACCCCUUCAACUACUAAAGCCACCACCCCUUUGGAGGUCCGAACACGUCCCAAUUUCGCCAUUCAUCAUAUAACUGUGAUGACCGCCACCGAAGCUCCAUUACAAACCCGAAAAAACACAAUCGCCGAAUUCAUUCCGCCCCCUCAACCGUUCAUUCCGACAUCAACGACUACGACGACAACCACCACUGCCACAACGACCACUACGGCGAUGGCAACCACGACUAUUCCUCCAAAGUACUGUGUGUUUCCGAGACCACAAUUUCCCAACCAAUAUAUAAAAGAAGGUUCAUUUAAAAGGAUAUAUCACGAAGAUGAAUUCGAAUGUUCGGACGUUUGCGAAUGUGAAAUAGGGGAAAAGUUAUCCUGUAAAACCAUUUGUAUAGAUCGAAUGCCUUGCAAAACGGAAUUCGCAUACUAUAACCACGCUGCACCCUCGUAUCAAGCAUACAGAGGGAGGUGUUUGUGUUAUUCGGGCCGGUUUAUUUGUAUGAAACCGCCCCCUAGUGAUUACACCUUGCCACAAGGAGUUUUUCUAUUUCUCGGAUAUAGCGAAGUUGAUGAAAGGAAACUUAAUAUAAAUCAAACCAGAGUUGUCGUUCAAGAUGUUGUCCGAGUUUUGCAAAACUUUAUCAAAGAAGAGGCCGUCAACGGAACUCUGUGUUCUCUCGAAUUAUUUAACUUGACGAGAGAAAAUGUCAUUAUAGCAGGGAAAUUGUCGGAGGAGGUUAAUUAUAGUAUGCUCUCUCCGAUGGAAAGCUUAGCUAAAGAGAAGGAAGAGUGUGCCGAACUGUUAGAAAUAAUAAGUGAUAGAAUAAACUCACGUAAUCCGGACUUCAUAUCACAUCUCUUGCUGUCUAUUUUCAAGAUGGCGGAAGUGGAAAUUGUGCAAAUAGAGCCAAAUUCAACAUCCAAAACGUAUUCAUUAGCUCAUAAUUUGUUAGUAUAUACAUUACUGUUAACAAAAUUUAUUCAAAAGCUCUUGACAACACCAUCGUGACAUUAAGACUGUUUAAAGCUAAUAAACACAAUUCGAUACAUAUCCUUUUACAAUGAAACUUAAUCUAAUCAAUAUAAGAAGUAAGUGUCUGAGUGGACACGAACUAUUUGGUUAAAAUAAUCACUUUGUACAUAUCAGUGUUGACUGUUAAUAUUAGUUUGUUAUCUUUUAGGAUAGACUAGUUUGUCAUCCCAUAAUCAUUUUCUAAAAUUAUUGCUCAGAUCAUUUUACAUUGUUCAUUCAUCUUGUUUUUAACGCAUCCAAUCACGUACAAUCUUAAAAUGUCUUCCUAUGUGAGUUAUUGACAUCUACUCAGCCAGACAAAAAUUUUCGUUUUAUAUGCAUAAAUGCUUUACUAAUGGAAUGUCAUGGCUUACAUAAAUUAUAUGCAUAUCAUAAUAGCUUUAACAAUGUAUUUUAUUUUGCUACAAUUAUAUUUUUGAAAUUUAAGACAGGGUCAAUGUCCUUCAACAACCGAACUUUAUUCACUUUACGACCAAUGUCGCUACAUCAAAACCCACUCAUCUAAUUGCUGUUGUAAGUUCCGUGUUGCUAUUAGUCAAAUUUGUUGCACUAGAGAUGUAUGUACCUAUCAUAAAUUUCCCUCAAUUUUUAAGCAAAGCAUAAUCAGUGAGGGAGAAUUGGAAAAGUGAGAUCAGCUGGACCACUUUUGUAUUUGUCAUUGAAGGGCAUUGAGUGUAAUUUAGUUAUUUCAACAAUGACUGAAUCCAUAAACAUAUCUCUCAUGUGUUUUAUGACUUAGCUAAGUUUUAGAUAUUUGUAAACUAGGUUUAAGACACUUAUACGAUGCACUAUAGGCACAAUUUUAGUACCACAUUGUUAAAUAUACACCUAAUGCUUAAAAAACUAUUGUUAUCAUGAGAAACUCAGUAUUUGUUAUUCCAAGCAAGCACGUUUGAACUUUGAAUUAAUUAGCGAUAAAAGAUUUAUAUUUUUACAAAAUUCUAGUGAUAUAUGUUGAAAUUUGUUACAUAACUUUGUAUAGCGUUACUUUCAUGAAAAUUCAAACAAUCACUGUUACGAAUUUUCAUGAACUGUUAGAAAUUUACGCCUCGUUUAGAUUCGUAGAGCUAACCCGUCCAUAAAAUUGGUUUUCGAAUCUUAGGUUCUUUCGUGUUUGCAAAAACUUACACUAAACUAUAAAAAGACCCUCAUUGAACCAAACCCAGGGUCGGUCAGUGUAUAAUGAUGUAAAUUCUAGGAAGAAAAUUGUUUAUUUCGUGUUGUUAUAGGUCGAUAUAAAUCAUUGUUAGGUAAAGAUGAUGGUGGGGUGUAAUACAGCCACUUAGCCAAAAUUAAACAUAUCUAUAGUAAAAAAGACAUCUUAGACCAACACGAUAUUGGUAGCUUGCUUUAUUCGUCUAUGGCUUUUGUUAUUUGAGUGUGAUUUACGUGUGCUUUGCUUUGAAUGAAAUAGAUCUUGUAUCAUGCGAUAAACACAUUUUACUACAGACGUUUUUACUGGACGCCUUGUUUGUUCAAAAUCCUUUCUUUUACGUUAAAUGUAAUGUUAAUACUUUUUAAAAGCAUAGACUAUGUAAAAUAAACUGU